AUGAGUGGCGGGUACAAGAACAAGCAGAGGUUCAACUGCAAUGGUGUUCUGAACUGCGAGAAUACUGGGAUAGAUGAACAGGAUUGUGACGAUGAUAAUUACAAAUGUUUGCAGCAACAAAACUUCGAUAUCCCACGUGGCAGCGUGUGUGAUGGCGUGUGUGACUGCUUGAAGUGUGACGAUGAGGCGAUGUGUGAUGGCUACAGGUACGGCAUGUUCCAUACAUCAUUCUAUGGCCAAAAUUGGUACCUGCCGCCCAAUAGAAUCUGUAAUGGUAUAAACGAAACUGAUGACGGUUCAGAUGAAGUGAACUGUACGGUACUAGGACGGUACUGUAAGACAGAUGGUAGACACCAGGGCUUUAGUCUGCUUCAUGGAGGUGCAGUGGAAAGUAGUGUCAGGCUUCUGAGGAAUGACUCUGUGUGUAGUGUCCCAAAGGACGAUGAAGAUGCCAGUAAUGGUGACUGUGUGGACGGACUCGACCAGAUCGACUGCAGUGACACAAACAUUGCCCCACUGAAAUGUCAAAUUAACGGCACUGAAUCAACAGUGUCGAAGUAUGUAAUCUGCAGGGGCAAGGACCUGGGACUGUGUGACAACAGGCUGGAUUCAACUUGUUUGUACCCUGAACGGGAAUGUAGAGUACACAAGCACCAAGUGUGUGACGGGGUGGCUGAUUGUCCCAGGGCGGGGGAUGAGGACUAUAGGAUCUGCAGGGGGCUCACUAAUGUCUCGUGUGUUCGGAGGUAUUCCUAUGGAACUACAUCACUGCCUAUUCUUCUUGAGUGGGUAGGAGAUGGUUUGGAAGACUGUGUUGAUGGUAAAGAUGAAGAUGAAGAUAGGUGGAAGAAAUGUGGCAAAGAAAUGACAUCGAGAUUUAUCAAGAAGAGCGACUCGUGCAAAGAAGUCCUUUUGUGCCCGGAUGAAAAGCGGAAUGGCAAAUAUCCUGAGACUAAGGGACAAAUUCUCGAUACAAAAACCAUCUGUGGGGAGGUACAGAUAGAAUCAGCCGAAAAAGCGUUUGGUGUUCAAGAGAAGAAGAUUAUGCUGCCUUACUUGAGCAAAACGGAUUGCAGAUACACAUUUGGGGAGUUGUAUGUGUACUACAGCUGCAGCGGACAAUGCUCUGAAGACACUGCGUCUUGUGUUUUAAGAAGAAGUUUGAAGUUUAACUCAUGCGCUAACAUGGAAAAUAGACUAUUUACCUUGUCUGGUAAAGGGAAUCUCACUAUCGCGUUCAAGGGGAAAGACGGUGAAUACGACAAUUCGGUGUUUCCUUGCAAAAAUGGCAAGUGCAUAAGUUAUGAUAAAGUAUGUAAUUUACAAAAUGAUUGUGGAGAUUACUCGGACGAAUCUGCCUGCAUCAACCAUUUUAGAUGUAAUGGAACAGACGGAGUCUCAGAGUACAUCCCACUGUGGAGAGUGUGUGACGGAAACCUGGACUGUGUAGAUUUUACUGAUGAGUGUAAUGACAAUUGCAGAGGAAAGGAGAAGAUCAUAGAUGGGCUGUUUCUUUCAAUAUUUACGUGGAUCAUCGGUAUACUAGCAACACUGUUGAAUAUCGGAACUUUGGCCUCAAUAUUUUAUCAGUUCAAACAAGCAACGUCGAAUUUAAGAAUCGUUAACCUGGUUCUAGUCAUGCUAAUAGUAAUCGGAGACUUUCUCAUUGGCGUAUAUCUCAUAGGAAUAUCCAUUGCGAGUGCGGUCUAUAAAGUGACUUAUUGCAAGAAGCGUUUUGAAUGGUUAGCGAGCUCCUACUGCCAGUUAUUUGGUGUCCUCAGUACAAUUGGGGGACAGUUGGCACUGUUUGCGAUGACCAUCCUCAGUAUCGUCAGAAUGGUUUGUGUUAGAGCUGCUAUUCCAAACUACACGUUCAGCAGGAAAAUGCUGGUUGUGGGAACCGUCACUGUUAGUUGUAUUCUAUUGAUACCAGUGGUUAUUGCAGUAGUGCCCCUGGCUAGCAGCUUUGAGGACUUCUUUGUCAAUGGAUGGGUGUAUCUUGAUAGUAUGCUCUUUAUCGGGGCUCCUGACAAGAGUAAAUACAUCUCCAUCAUUAGUGCAUAUUAUCAUGACAAGAUUAAAAAACCAGAUAAUUUCAACUUCUCAUGGGGACAAAUUAGAAACCUUAUUGAGGAGAUGUUUUCAAACGACUACACUGGACUGCGACAUAAACCUCUCAACUUUUAUGGGAACCACGGGACUUGUCUCUUCAAAUAUUUCGUUACAUCAGAUGACCCCCAAAACGUAUACACCUGGACUUUACUUGGUGUAAAUCUAUGCUGCUUCUUCAUUAUUUGCUACUGCUACAUCUGGAUUUACUGGAAGUCCAAGUCAUCAAGUUCAAGAUGCAAUACGAAUAAAAACCAGACAACCAAACAAGGAUUGCUUCACAAAAAGAUAGCAUUAAUGAUCAUAACAGACUUUUUGUGCUGGGCUCCAUUCACAGUGGCGACCAUUCUUCAUUUCAGUGGCACAAUUGAUGCAACAAACUGGUAUCCGUUCUUUUCAUCAGUGAUCUUGCCAUUAAACUCUGUUAUAAAUCCAUUACUUUAUGACAGUAAUGUAAGCACAAUUAUCUGCCGGCUGCUGAAUAGAAGCAGCUCUCAACCACAGCGCAUGACGGCCAGGAAUGUGAACAUAACAGCGAGAAACAGUUCUAGUACAUCGAGUUUAAAACUGGUAGAUAGAGGAAUUAAUGCUGAGAUUUCGUUGGGAAGUCCUAAAACUGCCCAGCAGGAUGUUUAAUCAAACUAUAAAACAUGAUAAAUUAUUAGCCUCAGAUGGACUUCAAUAUUGUUUAUUAUGACGUAGUCUUAGCGUUCUGUAUUAGUUAUUAUGUAUAAGUAGUAACAAGGCCAAGUAACAAGGUCACUGACAGUUG